CAAAUGUGCAUGCCGUGUUGCGCAUGCCCAACCUACAACUAACACCUCAGUGUCCAGAAUGCACUGAUGACUUCGACCCUAAGACGACUGAGAAUAUCACUAUGGAUACGGAGGCAACAGAUUUCACUCAAGGACUGAGACGGUCAAAAAGACAGGUCAAAAGGGGGCAGCGCACAGUUCUGACUGAAACCAAAUACAUUGAGCUGCUUGUGGUCAAUGACCAUGACUUGUUUGUACAGAUGCGGCGGUCAGUGUCUCAGACGCGUAACUUUGCCAAAGCUGUGGUCAACAUGGCUGAUGCGAUCUACAAGGAUCAACUCAACACCAGGAUUGUACUGGUAGCCAUGGAAACAUGGACAGCCCAUAAUCUGGUGUCCAUGGGAGACGAUCCAUUGACCAUCUUGCGUGAUUUCAUGAAAUACAGAAAAGAAAACAUCAGAGAGAACAGUGAUGCAGCUCACCUGUUCUCGGGACGCACCUUCAUGAAUCAUCGUCAUGGCUCUGCCUACGUUGGAGGUGUGUGUUCCGUGAUGCGAGGGGGCGGAGUCAAUGAGUAUGGGAACGUGGGUCCUAUGGCCAUCACACUCAGUCAGACACUUGGUCAAAACAUUGGGAUGAUGUGGAGCAGAACGCGAGCAUCAGCAGGAGAGUGCAGAUGUCCUGAUCCGUGGCUUGGAUGCAUCAUGGAGGACACAGGGUUCUACCUGCCAAGAAAGUUCUCCCGUUGCAGUCUAGAAGAAUACCAGCGCUUCCUUCAACAGGGAGGGGGGCGCUGCCUCUUCAACACACCCACUAAAUUACUGGAUCCACCAGAAUGUGGGAACGGGUUUGUAGAGGUGGGCGAAGAAUGUGACUGUGGAUCUGCACUGGAAUGUUCUCGUGUGGGGGGGUCCUGCUGUAAGAAGUGCACUCUUACCCAUGAUGCAAUGUGUAGCAAUGGACUCUGCUGCCAGAGGUGUCGGUAUGAGCUCCGUGGGAUGGUGUGUCGGGAUGCUGUUAAUGAGUGUGACAUUUCAGAGACCUGCACAGGUGACUCCAGCCAGUGUCCUCCCAAUGUACACAAACUGGACGGCUACAUGUGUGAUGCUGGGCAGGGUCGUUGCUAUGGCGGUCGCUGCAAGACACGAGACGCCCAGUGCUGGAGGCUAUGGGGACACAGCUCUGCCGACCGUAUCUGCUAUGAGAAGCUCAACCCUGAGGGCUCAGAAAGAGGAAACUGUGGAAAGGACUCUGGACAGAACUGGUUGCCAUGUAACAAACAGGAUGUGCUGUGUGGGUUUCUCCUCUGCAGUAAUGUCACCCAGAGGCCGCGGGUCGGGGACCUUCAGGGCGAAAUCAGCAGCAUCACCCUCUACCACCAGAACCAGUAUCUGGACUGCCUUGGAGGCCAUGCGGUGCUGGACGAUGGCUCUGACGUGGGCUACGUUGAGGAUGGAACUCUGUGUGGUCCAGGGAUGAUGUGCUUGGACCAGCACUGCGUUCCGCUCGCGACCUUUAACCUCUCAGCCUGCCCUGGCUCCUCCCCCUCACGCAUCUGCUCCGACCACGGGACCUGCAGUAACGAGGUCAAGUGUAUCUGUGACCUGGGCUAUGCGGGGAAGGACUGCAGUGUGUUGGACCCCAUCCUGGACCCCACUCUUCCUGACGACCCUGAGCAACAUAAAGGUCCAAGCGGUACUAACAUCAUCAUUGGUUCUAUUGCUGGUGCUAUUCUACUGGGGGCCAUAGUGCUGGGGGGCACAGGAUGGGGAUUCAAGUAA